AUGGAACAAGAACCCCAAGAUGGAGAGCCUAUUGAAAUUAAGAUCAUCAAGGAAGCAUACAAGAAAGCCUUUGUAUUUGUUAAUAAAGGACUGAAUACAGAUGAAUUAGGUCAAAAGGAAGAAGCAAAGAACUACUAUAAGCAAGGAAUAGGACACCUGCUUAGAGGAAUCAGCAUUUCAUCAACGGAUCCUGAAUACACAGGUCCUGAGUGGGAAUCUGCUAGGCAGAUGCAACAGAAAAUGAAAGAAACGCUGCAGAAUGUACGUACCAGGUUGGAAAUUCUGGAGAAGGGUCUUGCCACUUCUCUACGGAAUGAUCUUCAGGAGGUGCCCAAGUUGUAUCCAGAAUUUCCGCCUAAAGACAUGUCUGAAAAGUCACCAGAGCCUCAGUGCUUUAGUUCACUUCCUCAACACGGUGAAGUAAAUGAAAGCACUUCAGCUGCAAGCGCGGAGUCAAGUAGUCCACCUGCUGCUCUGUCCUUGCCGUGUCAGAGUCAUCCGUCCGAAGCGCCUCCUGCUUACACUCCUCAGGCUGCUGAGGGCCACUACACUGUAUCCUAUGGGACAGAGUCUGGGGAGUUCUCCUCAGUCGGGGAGAACUUCUACAGGAAUCACUCUCAGCCACCACCUCUUGAGACCUUAGGGCUGGAUGCAGAUGAGUUGAUUUUGAUACCAAACGGAGUACAGAUUUUCUUUGUAAAUCCCGCAGGGGAGGUUAGUGCACCUUCAUAUCCUGGGUACCUUCGAAUCGUGAGGUUCUUGGAUAAUUCUCUUGAUACCUUUCUAAAUCGUCCUCCUGGAUUUCUCCAGGUUUGUGACUGGUUGUAUCCUCUAGUUCCUGAUAGGUCUCCAGUUCUUAAAUGUACUGUAGGUGCCUACAUGUUUCCUGAUACGAUGUUACAAGCAUCAGGAUGCUUUGUUGGGGUCGUUUUGUCAUCUGAAUUACCAGAAGAUGACAGAGAACUCUUCGAGGAUCUGUUAAGACAAAUGUCUGACCUUCGGCUCCAGACCAACUGGGACCGGGCAGAAGGAGAAAAUGAAUUCCAGAUCCCUGGAAGAUCAGGAUCUGCCUCUGACCAGUUGAAGGAAGCCAGUGGCACUGAUGUGAGACAGCUGGACCCAGGCAGUAAGGAUGUGCGUCAUAAGGGAAAACGAGGGAAAAAGACCAAAGGUACUUCAAGUGAAGAAGUUAAUCUGAGUCACAUUGUACCCUGUGAGCCAGUUUCAGAAGAAAGAGCAAAGGAGUUACCUGAGUGGAGUGAGAAAGUGGCUCACAACAUUUUGUCAGGUGCUUCCUGGGUGAGUUGGGGUUUGGUCAAAGGUGCUGAGUUUACUGGCAAAGCCAUCCAGAAAGGAGCAUCUAAACUCCGAGAACGGAUUCAACCAGAAGAAAAGCCUGUGGAAGUUAGUCCAGCUGUGACCAAGGGACUUUAUAUGGCAAAGCAGGCGACUGGAGGAGCAGCCAAAGUCAGUCAGUUUCUGGUUGACGGAGUUUGUACUGUGGCAAACUGUGUUGGAAAGGAAUUAGCUCCACACGUCAAGAAGCACGGAAGCAAACUUGUUCCAGAAUCUCUUAAGAAAGACCGAAAUGGAAAGUCUACCCUGGAUGGUGCUAUGGUUGUAGCAGCAAGUAGUGUUCAAGGAUUCUCAACUGUCUGGCAAGGAUUGGAAUGUGCAGCUAAAUGCAUUGUUAACAAUGUUUCAGCAGAAACUGUACAAACUGUCAGAUACAAAUAUGGGCAUACUGCAGGAGAAGCUACGCACAACGCAGUAGAUUCUGCCAUCAAUGUUGGUGUAACUGCGUAUAAUAUUGACAACAUUGGCAUCAAAGCAAUGGUGAAGAAAACUGCAAAACAAACAGGACACACACUGCUUGAGGACUAUAAAAUCAUUGAUAAUUCUAAGGGGGAAAAUCAAGGAGGAGGAGCAAGUGCAGACAUAAAAGGGGAGAAAGAUGAGCAGAAAGAGAGACCAGAGAAGAACGGGGCAAAGAAGAAAGAUAAGUGA